UCUCUUGUUUCUGUGUGUUGCGUGUCUCCCUCUCUUGUGUGUCUGUGUGUGAACGGCACAUGUGUGUGUUUCUGCGUCUGAGUUUCUCUCAUUCUCUGCUUCCAGGGGAUGACUUCUCCAUCAUCCAGCAGGAGAUCUUCAUGGUGAAAGAAUGCAUGCACCACAACAUAGUGGCCUACUUCGGGAGCUACCUCUGCCGCGACAAGCUGUGGAUCUGUAUGGAGUACUGUGGGGGAGGAUCUCUACAGGACAUAUAUCAUGUGACGGGUCCCCUAUCAGAGCUGCAGAUAGCCUACGUAUGCAGAGAGACCAUACAGGGUUUGGGAUAUCUACACUCCAAGGGGAAAAUGCACCGUGACAUCAAGGGUGCAAAUAUCCUCCUAACAGACAACGGGCAUGUGAAACUAGGUGAGCUAUUCAACCUCUGUGAACACCGAUAA